AUGUCUACGUCACGCGACCAAAGCCGGGACGAUAUCAACAUCGAUGCCAAAACUGAGAGCGAUCGACCAUUUGAUAUCUUGGUCAAGUCAACUCAGAGUCCAGCUCAAGAAGCAAUCCCUGCGCAUUCUGAAUGCUUAGCCCGAGGUAGUCAUGUGUUCCAAUCGAUGCUGGAACUUGGUUCUUUGGCCCCACUCAACAACACGGAUUCCGCGUCUGAAAAUCAGCUGCCUAUUAUCGAAAUAGACGAACGAUAUGAGAUAUUAGCACUGCUGGUCAAUCUACUCGAAACCCCGCCUCUGCUCCCCCCUGCAACAGCCGUUAGUUACACACCUUCUUCGGCAAUUCCGUCAAGUAAUGACCCACCAGGAAGUGUUCUUCCCUGGCCAUUAGUCACCACAUUGCUAGACGCUGCCGACAAGUAUGAUUUCGCGGAUGAUAUUCUGGCGGUCUUACAUGCACACCUUCGAAGCCACGCUUCUUCACAUCCCUUGCCAGUUUAUGCACUUGCCUCUCGACUUGGAUUGGAUUUGAUCGCAUCGCAUACCUCAUCGUUUCUUUUACAUCCCCCGAUGCAUCAGCAUUCAAUCGCAGAAAUCAAACUCUUGCCAUCAGCAACUUCAUAUCACCUAUUGCUAAUUCUGCAGACCCGUCGACUAGAAAGUCUAAAAGAACUCUUGGAAAAUGAGUUGAUAUUUCCUCAUGAUUAUGGCGCGUGCUCAAAGCAUGGCACGGCUUCAGCCAAAUCGGUAUGGGAAGCUCGUAAAACGAUGGUCCUAAGCCAUGUGGAUGCUAGCUCAUCGAUCGCAGAUAUGAUGAAUUAUGAUGAGGAAACCAAGCAGCAGCUCAAGAGCUGUGCCGAAUGCUGCUUAGGUUGGGAUAGAGCGGUUGAAAUGAUGAGACUUCUAGGGGAAGCCAUACUAGAUCUAGGAAUAGAUCUCAUAGUUUUGUUAUUCGGUCCAGAAUCUACCGAUCAUGAUGGUCCUAUGGGUAACCCUACUCUCAUAUCAGCACUUCUGGCUGAACCGCAGAGCUCGCAUGCAGCACUGCACAUGUGCCGCGCGUAG